GAGAUGUGGAAUAAACAAGAUCAUGUCAUCUGACAAAACGAUGUUGAUUUUAAUUGUGUGUCUUCUUGUAAGCGUAGGGAAUGGAAAGAAACAUUUUCUUAAGUUAGAGGAGGAUGAUAGAAGACAGAUAACAGUCAGUACAUUUGGUUUUUUAAAAGGUGGCAUAUUGUCAGUUGAUAUCACUAAUUUCCACUAUACUAUUACCAGUAAAAACCAUGAAGUACCUAGAAAUAAAACACUGUUUGGUUUUACCUUAGAUAAGAGUGGUAAUUCAGGAUUAUCUACAUAUAUGGAAAAUGGUCAACAGCAUUGUAUUUUACAAAAUUUUGAUGAUGGGAUACCCGGUAAAAAUCAAGAUUCUGUAUCAGUGGUUGUAUUCAAGAUGGAUCUAGAUAAUCUAAGGAUGGGAGUAGAAAUAAAGGGAGAUGAUUUAGCUAAUCUAACUAUAUCCUCCAAGGACUAUGAUAGUUACCAAGAAACCAUCAGAAAACACCAAACUAACAGACGUGCUUCAGGCCAGUUACUAAGAAUGCAAACAAGGGAUUUAAGCCAUGUUGAAGAAACUGGAAAAGAUCACAGUAAUGAUACCUUGUUAGUCAAUGAAACUGCUACAGCAUCCAAUAGUGUUUCAAAUACACAAAAUACACAAAAAACUAAAACCUUGUCACAGGAAACAAUUUUUGGUGCAUAUCAAGAAUCGAAAUGAAGAAGGAUUAUAUAAUUUAUUCUUUCACAAUUGUUUACAAUAUGAAAAGAAUCUGGAAUCCACUAUGUCUAUGUCUAUGAAUAUUAUAGAAGUAAUCAAUGGUAAUUAUUUAUCAGCUGGUAAUCAACCUGAACCUACUCUAUUCUUUAUAUUUUUUAUCUUAUAUUUAACAUGUGGUGGAGCCUGGUUAAUGGUGUUGAGAAGAUCUGAGAAAUCUGAUGUAUUUAAAAUACAUUAUUUAAUGUUAGCAGUAGUUUGGGUUAAAAGUUUAUCAUGUUUAUUUCAUGGGAUAAACAGUCAUUUUAUAGAGAAGUCUGGUAUACCAGAAGAAGCUUGGGCUAUAUUAUGGUAUAUUGUAUAUUUAAUGCGUGGUGCUCUAAUGUUUGGUACUAUAUUGUUAAUUGGUGCAGGCUGGGCAUUUAUUAAACAUAUGUUGAGUAAAAAAGAAAAGAAAUUAUUUGCUAUAUUUCUUCCCUUACAGAUAUUAGAUCAGGUAGCAUGGGUUAUAGUAGAAGAGAGUGAUGAAGGUUUAUCUAGACAUACUACCUGGAAACAGAUAUUUUUUGUAGUAGAUUUAUUAUGUUGUGGAGCUAUUCUCUUCCCUGUUGUCUGGUCAAUCAGACAUUUACAAGAAGCCUCAGGUGUUGAUGGUAAAGCUGCCAUGAAUUUAAAUAAAUUGAAAUUAUUUAGACAUUUUUAUAUUCUGGUCGUAUGUUAUAUUUAUUUUACUAGAAUGAUAGUAUAUUUAUUAGAGAUAACACUUCCAUUCCGUCAUGAAUGGUUAAAAGAAUUCUCUAAAGAAAUAGCAGUAUUUUUAUUUUUCUGUGUAACUGGUUAUAAAUUUCAACCAGCUACUGAUAAUCCAUAUUUACAAGUACCAGUAGAUUCUGAUGAGGAUAUAGAGAUGGAAGAAGUUUUAACUAAGACAGGUACUACAGAUGGUCUGAGUAAAGUCAAUCAACAUCUAUCAGAGAAUAAACCAGAUGAAAACGUUGGAAUUAAACAGCGUGAAAGUAGUUUAGAGUAUGAUUAGUUUUCUCUUUUUAAUAAUUCUCAUUUUAAUUUAUUGUUUUCUCAACCAUUAUCUUCCACUGUUACAUAGAUCACAAAAUUAUGAAUUAUAUUUCAGUAAAAAAUAGUACUAAAUAGGAACCUGUUAGUAGGGUUGGGCUUAUUACUGACUCUAUUUGGUUAUGAAAUUGAAAAGCAAGGAAAUCAAUGGUUAUUCUUUCAAAAAUGUUCAAUUUUAAGUUGAACAAAUGGCAGUCAUGGGCUCUAAUCUUGGGUCAGCAUGUGAAAUUUGAAUGACCUUAAAUAACUCAUCUUUCCUAAAAAAAAUUCCAGUUGACCCAGCUGUGAGUGUAUACAGACAAUUCAGGAAAGUCCAAUUCUAAGAGGUUUUGUCAAAUUAUUAUCCUGGUUGUUUCUUUCGUUCUGUCAAAUGAUGUUUUAACUUUGAUUUGAAAUGGGUUUUUUUUUUGCCUAUGGUACUAUUC